CCGACCUGCUUGCCUGCCACCAGUAUACCAACCGUACAUCCUCUCCGUUCAGCAGCUCAGGUAGCAGCCAUAGUCACAUACCAGAACCCAACAUCCUGCACCACACAACCGCCCACCAUGUCUCACCUUCCCGUCGAGCCCGAGUUCCUCCAGGCCUACAGCGAGCUUGUCAGCACGCUCGAGGACAGCACCCUCUUCUCCCAGCACCCCGAGUUCCGCACCGCCCUCGAGGUCGUCUCCAUCCCUGAGCGUGUCAUCCAGUUCCGCGUCGUCUGGGAGGAUGACAAGGGCAACACCCGUGUCAACCGCGGCUACCGUGUGCAGUUCAACUCGGCCCUCGGUCCCUACAAGGGCGGUCUUCGCUUCCACCCCACCGUCAACCUGUCCGUCCUCAAGUUCCUCGGCUUCGAGCAGAUCUUCAAGAAUGCCCUCACCGGCCUGAACAUUGGCGGUGGCAAGGGUGGUGCCGACAUCAACCCCAAGGACAUGAGCGAUGCUGAGAUCCGUCGCUUCUGCGUUGCCUUCAUGCGCCAGCUGAGCAAGCACAUCGGUGCCGACACCGAUGUGCCCGCUGGUGAUAUCGGUGUCGGUGGCCGCGAGAUUGGCCACCUCUUCGGUACCUACCGCCAGGAGCGCAACAAGUUUGAGGGUGUUCUCACCGGCAAGGGCAACUCCUGGGGCGGCUCCCUCAUCCGUCCCGAGGCCACCGGCUACGGUCUCGUCUACUACGUCGACCACAUGCUGCAGUACGCCGGCAAGGGUGGAUUCGCCGGCAAGCGCGUCGCCAUCUCCGGCUCCGGCAACGUCGCCCAGUACGCCGCCCUCGCGAAGCCUCCGGCCGCCCACUGUUGUCUCCCCUGUCCGACUCCCAGGGCUGUUCUCCUCGAGCGCAAGCCCCUCACCGCCUUCCGACCCACAAGGGGCGCCUUCAUGUACAUCAAGGGCGCUCCGCCCCUGGACCCACGUCCGGCAAGGUCGAUGUCGCCCCCCCCCCAGCGCGACCCCAGAACGAGGUCUCCAAGGAGGAGGCCGAGGCGCUCAUCGCCCAACGGCGUGCUCGCCAUCGCUGAGGGCUCCAACAUGGGCUGCACCCAGGAGGCCAUUGACGUCUUCGAGGAGACGCGCAAGACCAAGCGUGCCGCCGCCGUCUGGUACGGCCCCGGCAAGGCCGCCAACUGCGGUGGUGUUGCCGUGUCCGGCCUCGAGAUGGCGCAGAACAGCCAGCGUCUGUCCUGGACGCGCGAGGAGGUCGACGAGAAGCUCAAGGACAUUAUGAAGAACGCCUUCCUCAACGGUGUCAACACGGCCAAGCAGUACGUCAAGACGGCCGACGGCGAGCUGCCCAGCCUGGUCGCCGGCAGCAACAUUGCCGGCUUCGUCAAGGUCGCGCGCGCCAUGCACGACCAGGGUGACUGGUGGAACUAA